AUGAGAAACGGCAACAGAGAAGAGGAACGCAGUGGUCUAUCAGCGAGUGUAGAAAUUCCAGAUGAUAUAUUUAUGGACAUCAUCUCCCGCUGGCCCUUGAAGUUUGUUGUUCAAUGUAAAAUUCUAUCCAAGAAUUUUAAAGGUAGGAUAUCUCAUCCUGAAUUUUCCAAAAUAUUGUUCCAAUGCCAAAAAGUCACUUCUACACAACUCAUCUAUUUAGUACAUGAUGGGAGAUUAAUCAGACAAUUCCCAAAAAUCUCCUUUAACCCUAUCACUCAAUCUGUGACGACGUUAUGUUUUGGCGUAGAGAUUUUGGGCUCAUGUAAUGGUCUGAUUCUCUUUGAGUUUGAGAGAAUUAGGUGUUACUGUGUUUUCAAUCCCUUAACUGGAGAGCAUCAAUUGAUUCCAUAUCCGAAUUCUCCUAGAAAUGAGUUAAAAAAGACAGGCCUAGUGGUUGAUUACCCUAAUUCAGAUCAAUACAAAUUGGUAACCAUAAGUAACAUUGUGGAAAAUUCCAACUUGUUCUACAAAUUUCACUUACUUUCAUCAGAGCAAUCUGGCCUGUGGUGUGAAAUCCAGCUGAGAACCAAUAGUUUCAUAGCCUUACCUUACGGUAGUCCACCUGUUUAUUGGCAUGAUUCUCUGUAUUUUCUCAGAAGUGACGGUAGUGUUCUAGCUCUUGAUACAAAGAAAGAAGAGGCUGUACUCAUCGACCGUCCGGAGUUUAUUGAUCAUUUUGUUCUUAGCUAUGGCAAAAUUUUGACUAGUAGGGAUAUGAGUGGUAGCGAUAUAUGGCUAGGGAGGGCGAAAGAUUUACUUACCCUUGUAUGCAUUUUCAGAAAGUACAUUGUCAUUGGCACUUAUGACAGAACAAGCAGCUGUUGGAGGGUUUCCCACACUUUGGACAACUUUGUUUUAGGUCUGGAUGGCAAUAUUAUCGGCUUUCCAGUCUGGAUCGACAGCAAGCAAGUGUCUUUUCUGGUACGACGUCCCCCAACACAGUAUCAUGAUCUAUAUGAGUAUGAUACCAACAUCAAUGUGUACAAAAAUGUUGCAGUUCUGGACACAGUUGAUUAUCCCAUGUAUUGCUUCCACCCAACAUUAGCUUGUGUCCAUAAGACACCCUCCAAUUAUGUAACGACUGCUCAGCAGGCGUAUAUUGCUGAAAAGUUGGAUAACAUCAGAAGAUUUAUCAUCGAAGGUACCAAUACAUCAGAAGAAGAAGCAGCAGCAGCAGGAGAAGGAGGAGGUUAA